UCAAAAAAAAAAAAAAGUGUGUGUGUGUGUGUAGUAAUGUUUAUCAGUGAGGAGCGUUUCGCUCUUCGGGUGGCCAGUGCAGGCUGGCUGGCGGUCUGAAGCUUCUCUCCGGAGCAGGAUGUACCACUUUUGUGGCUACGCAUCUUCAGUUAAUCUCCACGGCUUCAAGUCUGUGUUUUACUUCCGGAUCCCACACUUACGACACCGGAAGCCGGAAGCGGGGGUUUCCACAGCCGAGAAGGGAAGGUUGAUCGUCUAACUAGGACUUUCUGGGAGCUCCGAUUCAGUCUGAGAGGUCGGAUCCCGCUGCUUCCGCCCUCUUCACUUCUGGCUAACUCUGCUGACAGAUACUGUCUUGUUGGAUGAGCAGGCACCUCUGGAAGAAUCAGUUGGGUGAGAUGGUGCAGCCCAGUGGUGGCCCAGCAGGGGACCAGGACAUGCAGGGUGAAGAAUCUUCUCUUGGGAAGCCGGCAAUGUUACAUUUGCCUUCAGAGCAGGGUACUCCUGAGACACUCCAGCGCUGCUUGGAAGAGAACCAAGAGCUCCGAGAUGCCAUCCGGCAGAACAAUCAGAUGCUGAGGGAACGCUGUGAGGAGCUGCUCCAUUUCCAGGUCAGCCAACGAGAAGAGAAGGAGUUCCUCAUGUGCAAAUUUCAGGAAGCCAGGAAGCUGGUGGAGAGACUGAGCUUGGACAAGCUUGACCUGCAGAGGCAGAAAGAACAGGCCUUAAAGGAUUUGGAGCACUUGAAGAAAUGCCAACAGCAGAUGGCUGAGGACAAGGCCUCUGUGAAAGCCCAGGUGACAUCAUUGCUGGGGGAACUCCAGGAGAGCCAGAGUCGCUUGGAGGCUGCCACCAAAGAACGACAAACUUUAGAGGGAAGGAUGCGAGCAGUUAGUGAGCAGGUUAGACAGCUGGAGAGUGAGCGGGAGGUACUGCAGCAACAGCACAGCGUGCAGGUGGACCAGCUGCGCAUGCAGAACCAGAGUGUGGAGGCUGCCCUGCGAAUGGAGCGCCAGGCUGCUUCAGAGGAGAAGCGGAAGCUGGCUCAGUUGCAGGCAGCCUAUCACCAGCUCUUUCAAGACUAUGACAGCCACAUCAAGAGCAGCAAGGGCAUGCAGCUGGAAGAUCUGAGGCAACAGCUUCAGCAAGCUGAGGAGGCCCUGGUAGCCAAACAGGAAUUGAUUGAUAAACUGAAAGAAGAGGCUGAGCAGCACAAGAUUGUGAUGGAGACUGUGCCAGUCCUAAAAGCCCAGGCGGAUAUCUACAAGGCUGACUUCCAAGCUGAGAGGCAUGCCCGGGAAAAGCUGGUGGAGAAGAAGGAGCUUUUGCAGGAGCAGCUGGAGCAGCUGCAGCGCGAGUUCAGCAAGCUGAAGUCUGGCUGCCAUGAGUCAGCCAGGAUUGAGGAUAUGAGGAAGCGGCAUGUAGAGACUUCCCAGCCCCCUUUACUUCCUGCUCCAGCUCACCACUCCUUUCAUCUGGCCCUGCCCAACCAGCGGAGAAGCCCUCCUGAGGAACCACCUGACUUCUGUUGUCCCAAGUGCCAGUAUCAGGCUCCUGAUAUGGACACUCUACAGAUACACGUCAUGGAGUGCAUAGAGUAGGAGCAGCCGAUGUAAGGCCGGCCACUUGUAAUACCGUGUCCUGAACUAUAUAACCUGUGCUUUCCUGUUUCGCCUACAUAGUCCACAAUUAAGGACUUAAUGUCAAAGAACUGGCCCCAGGACCUAGCAGGACCCUUGCUUUAGCCCUUUGGUCUGCUAGUUCCCCACUAGGGUAGACAGCCCCAGUUAGGGCUGUUUUUUCCCUUUUCUUCUGUGCCCGAGCCACUUGCCUCUGGUGGUUUCUUCCUCCCUCUUCUCCCAUUCUCAUAGGGAGUCUAGAAUGGAGGCCAGGGGCUCUCAGGGAGCACCCCUUCUCCAAGCAGGGCUGGGUGCAGCUCUUCUUCCCUCCAGCUGUUGCCUUUCUUGCCCUGAGCUGCAGGCUGUCCUCCCAGGGCAUGUGGCACUUAGGGCCAUAACAUGUGUUGCCUCUGAUGGACAUUUGAGAAGUCUUUUUGUUACCGUUAGUAAUGGUGUAGUGAAAGUACUUGUGCACUGAUCUGUGUGUGCCUUUAGGACAUGUGCUUAGACAUAGCAUUGCAGCCUUGCUGUGGAGGAGGUGGGUUGACCUUUGUGUUUCUGCCGUCUGCUAGACAUGCUGUUCUUUAUUAAAGAGGGUACUUAAGUGUCUUUUUCUGGGGUAUGUGGGCUCUUUUUAAUCCACUGAUAUAACUUGGAUUUUCAUAUUUUCUAUCCAUUUGUUGUUGUUGUUGUUGCAUCAUUGCCAUUUGUUCCUGGGCUUUGGGGAGCUCUUUGAUCAGCAGUCAGGUUAGCUUUUGUCUAUCACAGAAAAUGCACACCUUGUUUCACUUUGAUUGUGUUUAUAUUUUGGGGCCUAGAAGCUCUUUAUGUACUCACACCCAUUCUUUACUCUCAUAUUUUGGCUUUGGAGUUAUGACUGCUUUGUUGUUUGACAGAGGCUAUUUCACACGCAUGCUUUUUUUGUUCUAGCACCAGUGUGCUCUUGUCUUUGAGAAACACGUUGUUUUGUGUGAAUGGUGGUUUCCAUGCUUCAUCACACUCCAGGAGUUUGUGAUGGCAUGUUCACCAGCCCAAAUGUCCUGUCUUGGGAACCAUUUAGUAGUGACUGGCAGAUUGUGAACAAGGGAACUCUUCACUUGUUUUGCAAGGUUCUAGACAUUUUCUGGGAUCUUACAGUCAUUGGUAUUAGUCUUGCAAUUCUAGUAAAGGAAAGGAAGUUGGAGUUGAGAAAGCAAUAGAUGUGCCUUGCUGACUCCUCAGACCUGAAACCCUUUCUGUCCUCCCGCAAGCUUUCAUGGUUCUGAGUGAAAUCUGUAAAUCCAUUCCUGCCUGGGCUUUUUUUUAUUCACAGGGAUUCUUGCCAUUAAGAGUGGAAAGGCUGAGUAGAAUUAGGAUUUAAAAAAUAAGCCUGAGCUGGGGGCUUCUUCACAACUCUCAGGGGAUGGGGAAGAGAAUUUUCUAUUUCCUGAUUCCCAGGUAUCUAUCAGACAGAUCUUUAGGAAAAUGUUAAAGGAACAGACAUGUUCUUUGCUCAUGAGUCCUUCAUUUAAAUACCUAAUCUAAUUUUUCUUCAGUAGUACUACUGGUUUAAUUUGAUUCAGUUCAGUUUUGUGGUGGUAUAUGACUUUCUUAUAGCUGUUCUAAAAAUUCUCAGAGACUUGAAGCAGCAAAAAAAAAAAAAAUCACUCAUGUCUGGAAGUAGGAUGUUAAGUUUCUUCUGAGAAUCAAUUCCAGACUUUCUCUCAGCUCUUGGUGUUGCUUGGCUUAUAGACCCAUCACUCCAAUCUCUGGUUCUAGGGCCUCAUGGUCUCCUCUAUUUCUGCCUCUUAAGAACACCAAAUUAUAGAUGUGAGGGCUAUCUGGUAAUUAAGGAGGAUCUCCAGCUCAAGACCCUUACCUCACUACAUCUACCAAGACCCUUUCCCCAAAUAAAGUCAUAUUCUCAAGUUCUAGGGGUUUGGACUUAUACAACCCAGAGUAGGGAUAUCAUCAGAACCUGGGUAAAUGCAGCCCAAAGGCAGGUGCCUUUAAGCCUUGCAAUUCUGUUAGAGAGACUUGGUCUCUAGGGUGAUGGGACCACCAGGCUUCAGAAUUUGGAGGAGGUCAGGCUGUUAUAGGUGCUAUGCUACUAAGCAGGGCCAGUGGGUGUGACUGAGAAAGGCAGGUUGGCUGCCGCAGGAAAGAGCUGUUGGACUGCCUGCAGUGACUGUAUAGGCUUCAUGCUUCUUGGAUAAAUAGAGAUGCAUAGGUACAUUUCUGACCAGUACUUUAUCCUGAAAGGGGCUCAGAAAGCAAGUGUGACCCCGGUUGCACAGAAGGAUCACCCAGGAGCUUGAAAACAUUCUGGCUUGGGCUUCAUGGACUAGUCAAGACAAAAUCUGAGGGUGGCCACAAGCAAUGGUUGGGACCUAGUACCCUUCUCAGAAGGUGGGAGCCCUUGACACUUCCUUACCCUGAAGUAUGGUGUAUGAUUAACCACACAUUAGAUAUCAAGGAUUUGAGAUUCUACCAUCUUCCCUGACAUGGGACAUGUUUCUUUCUUUUCUGGAAUUACUUAACUAGACCUGGAAAAACUGGUUAUUAGUUCCCCCCCAAGGGAUUUAGCCUAUUUGGCUUUUAUGAGCUGUGGCCCCUGGCAGACAGCUUCUGGUUCCAGACAUCUAGAAGCAUGUCCUUCCCAGAAGUCCUUUUACUGUUACUUAUAUGUUCUUCCUGUUGGCCCAUGACCAAGAGAAAUCUAGAGAGUCAAUAAGACAGUGCAGAGUACUUCACUCACUGCAGUAACAAAUGAUAAGGAGUAGCUCAGCAGGAAUGCAGCCAUAGAUUGUAAGUAGAGAUGAUGUCAAAAUAGGAACAAUUUCAGCCCUGUGUGUGAGACACCUUCAGGCGUGGUGAGACCUUGCGGCAUUUCCCCUUUCGGGGGUGGGGGGGUGGGGUGUUUGAUGAGAUAGAACAAGCACUUUGGAAACAUCCUUAGCCCUCUUUGCCUGACAACUUGGUCCUCACAGUGACUACUUCAUUGGAGUGCCUCUCAUGGCACUGUUAUUUGUUACCACCAAAAGCUGUGAUGAAAUUGGCCAUAUACCUGAUGACACAGGCCUGCAUAGCUAGCAUCUUGAACAUUUUGUUACAUGGAACAUUCUCUGUAGUAUGGUAUAAAAAGGCCAGAGACUUAAAUUAUGUAUAAAAUGUAAAAUAAAGAAGACCUGCAAGCAUG